CUCUUCAAUCGCCGGUUUCCUUCAAUAUCAUCCUCCUCUAAACAGGAAACUUUUUUAGUUACCCAACAUCGAACUCAGCUCACACUCACUGUCUUCACUUUCCUUCUCUUCUCUGCACAAUUCUCCUCUGCAAGCAUCCCAAAACCCCAACCUCUGAAAAUGUCUUCUUUUGAAUUUGAUAUUGUCAAGGCUGAGAAAGCCGAUGCCAUGAGAAGAUACAAGAGAGAAAGAAUCUAUAGAUUCUCUCUUCCUUUAGCAGGGGCCUUCACUCUCCUUUUCUGCUCCUUCUCGUGGCUUCCGGUUGUCCAUGAGAUGGCCAAAGCUUAUCUCUCCGUUUUGAACCAUCAUUUACUCGUUUUCCUCCUCAUAAACGCUAUGGUUUUGGUUAUCUACCAUUUAUCUGCAGCCGCCGCCGGUGGAAAGAACGACUCCGCAUCUCAGCCUGAUCUUUAUGAUCAGUACGUCUCCUUCUCCUUCUCCUCCUCCUCUCGCCGGAGAACAACAGCGGAAGGGGAAAAACAAUUGGUAGUAGUCUCACCGGCGGCAGUAGAGGUUCAACCUGACGAGAAUACCUUUCACAACAAACAGAUAGUUCAUUACGAGAAUGCUAAUUGUGCUCCAGUGGAGAAGAACCCAGUUAAUGAACUUGCGGUGACAGAAACUUAUAAGGCUGAUAGGGAUGAGACAAAGAGUUUCAGGAGAACACGAUCAGAGAAAUACGCAAUAGAGAAGAUAAAAAGGAGUCAACGACGAGAGCUGCGGCGAUCGGGGACAGAGAACGGAAGAGAAAUGGUGGUCGCUGGUGGCCGUACCCUGACAAGAAAAUCAAUGCAGGAAAUGAACAGCGAAGAGUUUAGGCAUACAAUUGAGAGUUUCAUUGCUAGUAAAAGGAAGAUCUUAAGGGAUGAGAAUUUUGCUGUUUCAAUGGAAGAAAAGGAGUCGUCCUUCAAUUACCACAAUCGCUUAUAUGUGAUUUAAUUACCAGCAGUAAAAAAAAAAAAAUAGUAAUUAUAAAGGGAAGAAAUUAGGGAUUUCAUAAUUAAAAUCUAUCUCGAUUUUAUGAUA